AGAUACGAUAGUAAGUAUAGGGAAACCCAACAGCGCAUGGAGGAGUUAGGCUUGAUGGAACACUCGCCAGUUCUACGCUUGGAUGAGUGGGAGAUCCCCCGCGAGAGUAUCGUCCUCAAUCGCAAACUUGGUGAAGGAGCUUUUGGUGCGGUGUGCGGCGGUGAAGUGAUAGGUAUCGGGGGCGACGGAGAAUGGGUACCAGUGGCUGUUAAAUCUCUGAAAAUUGGCUCUUUACCUGAAGACAAGGUAUGUAGUCUUCUGUUCUCCGCGCUCAAACGAGACACAUUUGCGAAAGCUAAAUUACCGUAAAUGAUCUAAUAAACGCCCGGGGCGUCUAUGUAAGUAUAGGGGUCCAGGCUGGGGCGUUAAAGAGAUAGAAGGCGUUUAAAGGCUGAAGAGACGGAAAGUGACUUCAUUAUGCUCCGUCGCCUGUAUUUGAUUACUUGUAGUAUUUAUUUCAAUGGCGUCCGUUCUUUUUUGUAGCUUGAAUUUUUAAGUGAGGCGGAAACUAUGAAGGUGUUUGAUCACAAAAACAUUGUAAAGCUGUUGGGUGUUUGCACAAAGGGAGAGCCUGCCUACGCUGUCAUGGAACUAAUGAUACACGGUAUGAAACAGGACAACUGCACGCGUAGCGUAAUGAUUCUCAGAAUUUUCAUUUGAAUGCGUCACUCCAUUAGCCUCCCCGAAGACGUCCUUUGGGGUUCGUUCGUCACGCAUUCGUUUCUCCCCCUCGUGGGGGGAACGAACGAACCCCAAAGGGCGUCUGCGGGGAGGCUAUCAUUCCAUUCGCCAACUUGUAUAAAUAAUUUUAACCCCUUUUUUUCUCUGUUUUUUAUCUUUGUUAUCCUAAUGAGUUUACCGUGUUAAACUAAAUAUUUAUUAGAGCUAGCCUGGGAAAAGAGCCGACAUUUCGCGACACCAUCACUGGUUUCCCCGCAAAAUGCCGUCUGGGUAGUGCUUCUGAUUGGCCGUGGCGCGAGGGAAAUUUGCUUCAACCAAACAAAAGCACUACCUAGAUCUGGAUAGUGACGCAUCAUCAGUAUGGAAUUCCCGAUGUCUGGGUAGUGCUUCUGAUUGGCCGUGGAGCGAGGGAAAUUUGCUUCAACCAAACAAAAGCACUACCUAGAUCUGGAUAGUGACGCAUCAUCAGUAUGGAAUUCCCGAGUUUGUUUCUCAGACGUCAUUUCGCGGGGAAACUAGUGGUGGCGUCGCUAAAUGUCGGCUGUUUUCUCAGUCUAUAUUAGAGCUAGAAUAAACUGGUAAAGGGCGAUAAACGCAGAAUAUAAGACACCGAGUUUAAUUCAUUUUCCAUUGUUAUUUAUUUCCACUAAUUUCUUGCAUUGCAGGUGAUUUGAAAAACUUCCUUUUAGCAAGGCGUCAAUUCGCAAAUCAAAACUGUAAAGAGGUACCUAUGUAUAAUCUUAGUGUUGAAAAACGUCAAAACUUACCCGACUGUCUAGGUGUUUUGCGCUGUAUUUUCACUUUCUUAAAAUGGUACUUUUGUGUACUCAUGCCAUGUUUUUGUACUCAGCGAGCAGAGGUUUCUCUCUGCACGCGAACGACUUUGUAAAUGUUCAAAGCCAUGCCAGAAAGAAAUACCUGCCCGCAGGUUAAUGUUUUUGAGGCAGUAAUUCGCCUUUUUUGUCUUUGCACAGCGUGUAACAUCUAUAGCCAUCUUCCCGAGCUCUGCACUGCCCAAAAUGUUGAGUUUCAUGACGUCAGUCGUCCAAUACUUUUCUAUUAGAGAGCUUUAGAUUCUCAGACGAGUACGACAACGAGUACGAGAUUUUCUUAAUACUAACUAGUACUCGCUCGUGAACCAGCGUCAUUUUGGCGGGAAAACAUGUCGUAGUGGCGAAGUAAGUUAUCGGAUGCGAUCGGGAGAGGGUUUAACCUCCUCCAAUAAAGAUAACUAACUUUUUUGGUGAAAAAAAGUACAAUGAAGCAUUCCGGGGUGUCUAUUUUUUGACAAUGCGCGAAAAAAAAAAAGCUUUAAAUCAAAUCUCGUACUCGUACUCGUUCCCGUCCUCGAAUCUAAAAUCCUAUCGGCAUUCGAUGGUUGACGUCAAUUUUUGGUCCUGUUUGGUCUCAUACAUAGCCUUGUGCACCUUAUGGACGGUGUAGAUAAGGUUACCAGUGAGUAACAUCUGGGUGUGUCCCUUCAAUGGACACCAUCACUUUUAGGGUUGGGAUGGGUGUGUAGGAAUACUCCGAGAUGUAUUAAUUCUAUCAAAACCUGGUUACUGCCUGCUUCCCCUGGUCUUACCAAGGCUCCUAUCCAACCGAUAAGCUUAUAAUCUUUCAGGCGGAUGAUGUUACUCCUACCAAGCUGACUAUGAUGGCGACAGAUAUCACAAACGGUCUUGCUUACCUCGCUGAAAUGAAGUUUAUUCAUCGGUAUGUAUAGACCUUAUUUAGUCAUUGGUUCUUUUAUAUUUUUCCUAAUUAUAAUAAGCCCCGCUGGCCUCUUAAGGAUGUGCGAAAUUCAAAAUAUUUUUUUACUUUAAUAUGAGACCAGUUAAGUUAAAGUUCAUUUCUCAUUUCUUAUCCUCUUCGUCAAAUUGGCAUGUUGCAUAAUACCAUGGGUGCCAGGGGUUUUUUUCCCUGCCUAAUAGCUUUUGUACGAUAUGUUAGAAUUCUAACAUGACUCCGAGGCUUUACGGACAAAACUGCUAUUUUUUCAAGACUCCAUUGUCUGGCAAUUCUCGGAAGAGACUUGAGCACAAAGAGAACCAAACCAAAUAAAAAAAUUAACCAUAAAGCCUCAGAGUCAUGUUACAAUUUUAAUAUAUCGAACGUAGGCUAUUCUUGACGGUUCGCGGCAAGGCCGCUACCUCGAGGCAAACACAGUUCAGUUACUUCAUCCAAAGUAUUUUGCGAACGGGUAAGUGCGUAACCCUUUAUAUUAAAAUGAGUUUAACUUGCAUGUGAAUAAAAACUUAUUUUCAUCGAAAGGUUGGUUUGAAAAAGAGGCUUUUGGUGAAGCAGAAAUGGUCUAUUAACAUUACUAUAAAACAAUUUUAAAUCUUGUGCCCUGUAUGAAUAGGAUCUAUUGAAACGACCCUACAGUACAGUACAGUAAAAAUCCUCCAAGACGGUAAACCUGUUACCAUGGAGUUGCACUGGCAAAAACAUGGUCGACCAUAGCCUGCGAGCAAGGUCUCCUAUUUGGGCGAGCCUCGCGGCUUCGCCGCUCGCUCGCCCAAAUAGGAGAGCUUGCUCGCAGGCUAGGUCGACCAGUGCAGCAAAAUCACUCUUAUCCUGUGUAGAUCUCUUUGCCUGUUCAAUGGAGACAUCUAAUGAUGACAUUUAAUUCCUCUGUUUUUCCAAGGAUAUUAUUUAUCACUUAACCUAAAAGUAAUUUUUAUCUUUUGUGUUUUAUUAGCGACCUUGCUUUAAGGAAUUGUAUGAUGGGUUCAGGAUAUGUGGUUAAACUUGGAGACUUUGGAAUGGCACGAGCCAUGUAUGACUCAGAUUACUACAGAUUCGGACGGAAAGGUAAAGCGAAUAUUUUACCAUGUUCUUAUUUUAUGAGAUACCUUUCCGAUCCUUUGCUGAGUCCUUUUCACAGGUUCGUAAUGUGCUACUUGCUGGACUAUGGGGCUGGCUGGAGGCUGGCUGGCGGCGGGGGAGGAGGGGGGUUGUGGGGCUACCGAACCGUUGGGGCUGACAGGGGCUGACAGGGACUGACAGGGACUUGUGGCACGAUGGGGUUGACAAUUAUCAAGGUCGCUCGAAAGGUUGCUCAAAUUACUCUAUUGCUUUGCGCACCGUGAGAAAUUGCUCCGUCUUUUGUGCUGAAGUCAUUACUUUGUGCUUUUAACCUUUCACAAAAUGCUCCUUUGAAGAUAUGAUGAGGAGAUCAAACAAAUUUAAUUCGUCAGGGAGUGCUAACCAUAAUUAUUGGUAUUUUGUGAUUCUUGCAAGCAUAGCAAUAAAACUUGAAAUUCCAUCCUUGCCAUCUGUUGCAAGAGACGACAGGAAACAGUUUCAGUGCCUAUUUAAGUUUUAAAUAACAAAACUGGACCAUUAUUUUUGGAAUUCAAUUGAUGCGAAGACACUAUUCAGCUUUUUAAAAAGAUAGUAAAUAGCGUGACAUUAUAGCCCCUUUAACUUACAGCCAUGCUUCCCGUUCGCUGGAUGGCACCCGAGUCCCUCGCGGAUGGUGUGUUCACGACAAAAUCUGACGUCUGGAGCCUGGGCGUGACAUUGUGGGAGUUAGCGACAUUUGGUAGCUUUCCUUACCAGGGCCUUUCCAACGGAGAGGUAGUGGAAAGUGUGAGACUGGGAAGAAGCAUGGAUGAGCCUCGAGGAUGCACCAAUGAACUGUAAGUUUCAUGCCUUCACUAUUUUUUGGAUAGAUAAAUUUGCCAAUGAUGCCAAAACUAAAAUCACAUUAUUUACUAGGUUGGUCUUUAUUUCAUCUAAAUGUUUCAUAGCGAAUGAUCACAUACUCACAUAAAGAAACAGUGAAAGAUCAACUCAGCAUGUAUGAAACUAAUCACUCUAAUAACUGUAUUUCAAGUGAUAGAGAUGAGAUGGUGAAUUUUAAGCCUGGUGAAUACAUGAGAAAGAUGAUUUUUCAGUCCGUGCCACAGGCGGCUCGGAAGAAAAAAUCCAAGUACUCUCCGUAAGAGUCGAACUUAUGACCUUCUAGUUACUAGUCGAGAUGUGUCACUGACUGAAUAACAUCUUUCUUGUGUGUUUUAAAAUUUGGAAUUUCUUUGAAAUGCCCUUACUCGUAGUGAGCAGCAUUUUGAAAAUUUUAUUCCUUUCAUGAUCUUUGACAUUCUCUGCUUUUACUCUAGAAACACAUUACUGACAGAGUGCUGGAGAAAAGACCCGGAUCAUAGACCCGAACCGGUUAAAAUCCUGGAGUUACUCAGCGCUCAUCCAGCGAUGGUGACCGCUUGUUUGGACUCGCCAAUGUCAAGCGUGGUCCGGGAUGAGGAGGCCUGUGUACGACCCGAUAGCAUAAGAAAGGGAAGUGUAAGAUCGUGGUGGGGUACCCCCUCCCCCUCCCCCUCCCCCUCCUCAAAGCGCUCUCGUACCAUUACCCAGCUUACU